AUGAAGGAGAAGCAAACUCACACUUGGCUUUUCAAAAAGCUACUUCGUUUGAGAGCGGAAGCAACUCAAUGGAUUCGCAUUACUCCUGGAAAUGGCUGCUCUAUCAGCUUCUGGCAUUCCCCCUGGUCGCCUUUUGGUCCCUUAUUACAGCGCUUCGGUUCUCAUGGACCUCGCCACUCUGGUAUACCCCUCUCCUCAUCCUUAUCAACUCUUUGGAAUGGAAGUUCUGGGAUUAUAUCCCCAGCUCGUUCACUGUUGAUGGAGCAAGUCCACAUACAUCUCUCAACUAUCACCUUAUCGGACUCCCCUGAUUUUCCAAUCUGGAAUUCUGCUGGAAUAGGAGCCAACAAUAACAACAAGUUCGUUAUUAGCAAAAUCUAUGACUCAAUCAGGGAUUCUCGUCCGAAGGUCUUUUGGAAUAAAGCAGUGUGGUUCUCUAAAGGAAUCCCUAAGCAUAAGACACUGACCUGGCUGUUUUUGCUCAAUCGAUGCCCUACUCGUGACCGUUUACUCUCUUGGGGUCUCCAAACGGAUCCCUCCUGCCUCUUAUGUAACAACCACCCUGAAUCUCGCAACCACAUUUUUUUCGAUUGUAGCUUCACAAGAAGCAUCUGGAGGCCAUUGUCGAGAAAGAUUGGACUCACAUCUCCCUCAGACUCUUGGGAUGACACAGCCCGAGCAGUUACCAACUUCACGGGUACCGUGCACCACAUUUUCUUAACUCGGAUCGCUUGGCAGUUGGUUAUCUAUGAAACGUGGCGCGAACGAAACCAUCUUCACCGUGGCUCCUUUAAAGGCUCUGAAAGACUCUUCUCUCUAAUCGAAAGGACUAUCACCAAUAGGAUUUCCUCUUUCAGGCAGGAUAAUCCAGAAUACUCGAGCAUCUGCAUGCAAUUGUGGCUCUCUAUGUCUUAG